UUUUAUAAUCUCAGUACCUGACUGACAUGCAAAUAUUUAAAGUUCAUGUAAAUUGCAGUUAUUAAAACCCUACAAGUGAUUCACGAUUCCUUCUGUUAGCGCAAAGAAUUGAUUACAAUUAAGGUGUUUUGUUAAAACUAUCGUCAUGACAGCCUCCCCUGAGCAAGUGGACAAUUCAUUUCAGAGUAUUCCGGAAUCUGAAACUCAUUUUCGAAGUGGAAACCUUGCACUCUCUCACUUAGAUGAUGUCAUCGAUUCUGUAGUUUCUGAAGCUAUUGAGUACGCUGAUAAGCCACCGGAAGAACGAACGCUCCCCAAAUUAAUCCGUAAAGCUCCGCCACCUCCACGUGUUCGGCCACCUUUAAAUAUGGGAGAAUUUAAUCAGGGGCGUAAUUUCGCCACACCUAAUGGUCUAAAUCAAAUGCCAUUUCUGGCUGGUGGUAAUCAAUUUCAACAGAAACUUAAUGAACAAUUUCCAACCAUGGUCCCUUUCAACACCGGUCAAGCUGCUACAGCAGCAGCGGCGGCAGCAGCAGCAGCUCAACAACAAUUACUAAUGCAAUACAAUGGUCAGUACCCGGCUCAACAACAACAGCAGCAACAACAACCGCAACAACGUCAGCAGCAGCAGCAACAACAACAAUACUCUCAAGCUGCACAUUUCCAGGCUCUACAAAACCAACAAGCUCAAUAUCAGGCAGUAAAUGCAGCUGCAUUGGCCCAAAUGCAACAGUUGCAACGUCAACAAAUGCAGCGCCAGCAGCAGCAGCAGCAACAACAACAACAACAAAUGUCUACCCCUAAUCGGCAUAUGUUAUAUUCAGCAUCGGGUUCCCCUCCUAUUAGUCCAGCGGUUAUAUCAAAUUCCCCAGGAUCGCAACAGCAACAAGCUUUAGCUUCAGCACAACAGCAGUUACAUCAGUUAUAUGCAGCUGCUCAUCAGUUACCCGGUAUGAUGCAAACGUUCCCUCCGAAUCAAGGACAACAACAAUCAAGCAUUCAACAAACUAUACAAGCUCAACAACCUCAAGUACAGCAACAACAAGUAUGUAAUCAACGCGUCUGGACAAACGCUGAACAACUUCAAGCAGCUCAACAGCAACAGCAACAACAAUUGGCGGUUGCAGCAGCUGCUGCCGCAGCGGCGUUUAAUCCCAACUCAGUACAACAACAAUAUAUGCAACAACAACAGCAACAACCUUCACCCCAACAACAACAGCCGAAUCAAGCAGCUCAACAACGUAUGACAAACGAUUUUCAAACCUAUGCCUAUCAACAUUAAGUUUUGUAAACAGAACAAGAGCAGAAAGACCUCUUUUCAGCUAAUAAAAUUAGUAUGCGUUUGUAUUGUUCCCUAUUCAUAUAUAUAUACUUUUUGUGACCUUAUUU